GUCCAUUCUUUAGCUAAUCUGCUUUACACUGAUCGCCUUUUUCAUUACAACAAUAUUUACCAAGAUAUCUUUGCUAAGUAAAACUAGCUAAGUAGUGGUCAUGGGCGGUUACCAAUUCACAAUUCUUCUUCCUUUCUUCAUUGUGUUCAUUGUUUUGAAUUCCAAACUUGGUAAUUCUCAGUUACCAGACCCUUCGGCAGAUGGGGUGUGCAAGGGCGUAGAUUGUGUACAAGGAAAAUGUAAGCCUUCAAAUAGAUUAUUACUACCUUUUGAUUGUGAUUGUAAUCCUGGUUGGAAGAAGCUUCAGUUUGGCGAUUUGACAUGGCCUAUAUGCAUGGUUCCUAAUUGCACAAUGAAUUUUGAUUGCGGCGGCAUACCGGUGCCCACUCCGACACUCCCUCCUCAAAAUACUACAGCCACUUGUUUAUGGUGUGGGGAUGGAACUUGUGUUAAAGAUGGAGAUGCCGAUGUUUGUCAGUGCAGUCAAGGGUCAGCUAAUCUCUUGAACAAGAAGGACUUGCCUUGCUUUAAAGAAUGUUCUUUUGGAGCAGAUUGUAUCAACCUAGGAUUUGAUUUUGGCUCACCACCAGCACCAGGGACAGAAAAUGGUACGUCACCACCUCCUCCAAGUUCCACUUCUUUUGGACUAAACAAAACUGGACAAGGAUCAGGGUCAGCUCAUGAUGCACCAAGUUCCACAGGAGCUCGUCAAACACUAACCACGCUCGUUGUGGUUGGGGCAUUUCUUUCAUGGUUCUAAAGAAUGCAUAAGAAGAGAAAGAAACAAAAGCUUAUAACAAGAGCGGAAAUUCAUUUUCAUUAGUACAAAAGAAGAGAAUUAUUGUUGUUGUUUAGUAGUAAUAUCGAUCUUUUGAAUUUGCUUUUGCAUAUAUAGAAGAAGAAAAGAACUAAAUUUUGUUUCUGCUCAAUUGAUUAAUGAGAUAUUGACA